AUGCCAGAGGCGAAGAAAGCCAAGACAGAUCAAUCCGUGAAGUAUCCCGAGCAGGACCUCUCCGAGGUUCUUGGAAAGCACAUUAUCUACACCUAUGAGAACGGCUGGCAGUACGAGAUCUACUUCAAGAGUGCCGAUAUGAUCCACUACCGCAUCCACAGCGGUCUCGUUGCUGGCCGCUGGGUCACAAACCGUGAGGUUUGCAUGACUGCCCUCGGGAAAGGCCUGGUUCGCAUCAACUGGCAGGAGCCUGUCGGGAACAUCGUCACGAUGGUCACUUCCCUGGAAGACCGUUGGCUCCACUCCUACUUCCUGAUGCCGAAGUGGAUCACGGAGGACCCCAUGGCCACAGUUUGCCACGAGGAUGAGCAUGUGGAGGAGAUGCUCAAGCGACGGGAACAGGCCCCUUCCGAAUUUUGGGCUUCACCCUACAACAGUCUCCGCCCGAAGGUUCGGAAAUUAAGUGUGCAUGUGUUGUUCUCUAUAAAGGGUCCUCGGAAUUGCUAG